CGCAGUCAUGUACAGAGAAGAAAAAGAGCUUGUUGGUGGCGAAGAAUAUGGUUUUUUUUUUAUCAAGAUGCGAGAGAGAGAUGAUGAUCACGAGCAUUUGGUCUGAGACUACACCAGUACCAACAGGUUUUAUAGUUUACAUCUUCAUCCUGCCGUUUCUUUAUAGAGCCCACUUUUGAAAUUCUGUAGAUCUUUGCCAUUGAAGACCUCUCUGAUUAACCUUAAAUGCUUGAUAGAAGUGUUAGUUUCUGACUGAAGUUAGGUGGUUUUCACAUUAUAAAUCGAACAAAGCUUGAAAAUUGCAAUGAAAAUAAUCUAAAAGAAACUGAACUUGGUCAAUAUUAGAUGAUGAUUUUGUGAAUUUAUCAACAAAAAGCUACUCCUAGUAUCCACAUUCUAUGAUAGAAGAUUUAUGACAUUCUUUGUUAGUACAUUGACUUUUUCUGAGUUAACUUUGAACAAAGCUUGGUCCAGUUAGACCAAUGAUGUACGCCACACGUAAAUAUCAUUAUCAUAUGCUUCUUGACUGUUGACUUGAAAGAAUUUGACUUUGUAAACUACAUCUCUUUCUGCAACUUGUUUUCUUUUAUAAUUUCAUAAAGAAAGAAUACUUAGAAACAUGGAGGUUCUCCAACAUAUUGAAUUCACAAUCUUUUUCCCCAUAAUUUCUCUUUUCGUUUUGGUUAUUGGAUCAUUUCAAUGAAUAGGAGAGUGUUUCUAGUUCAGAUUCUGAUGUGGGUGAUGAUAGUGAUGGGGCAGAUACAUAGAUACAAGAGCUGUGUUGAGAAAGAAAGGAAGGGUUUGUUGGAGCUCAAGACAUCCCUGCUGCUCUCAGGGGACAAUGAAGACUACAUUUUUGAGACUUGGAGUAAUGACACAGUGAGUGAUUGUUGCAGUUGGGAGAGAGUUAAGUGUAAUCGUACAACUAGACGGGUUAUUGGCCUUGCCCUCCAUGAACUUAGUUUAAUAGGUUUACCUCUUGUAAUAAAUCUUUCCUUGCUGUAUCCCUUUGAAGAGCUUCAAACUCUGAACUUAUCUAAGAGCUGGGUUGAAGGAUUCAAUGCCUCGUUCCUGGAAGGUUAUGAAAGUCUAAGGAGAUUAAAAAAACUAGAGAUACUGGUUCUCUCUUACAAUCAAUUUGAUAGCACGGUUUUACCUUUUCUCAGCUCCGCAAAAUCACUUACAACUUUGUUUCUUCGUGGUAACAACAUGGAUGGUCCCUUUCCUGCUGAAGAACUUAAAUAUCUGACAAACUUGGAGCUGUUGGACCUGAGUAGAAACAGAUUUGACAACUCCACACCUGUACAAGGUUUAGCUGACCUGAGAAAGUUGAAAGCUCUGGAUCUAAGUCGUAACGAAUUUACAGGCUGGGGGCAAUUGCAAGGCAAGUUUAGUCAAAGCCUUAAGACGUUCAAUUAAGAAUGGUGCUGGUGAAUCCAAAUGUUCAUAUAUGAAUUUGAUAAUAUAGGGAUUUGCGAGUUGAAGAAUCUGCAAGAGCUGGACCUCAGCCAUAACAAACUCAUAGGUGAGUUUCCAUUAUGCUUAACCAGAUUGACUGCACUACGAGUUCUUGAUCUCUCAUCAAACCAAAUGAGUGGGAAGGUACCCUCUGCUAUUGGUAGCAUUGAAUCCCUUGAGUACUUAUCGUUGUUUGAUAACGACUUCCAUGGUUUAUUCUCAUUGGGUUCGCUUGCCAACCUUUCAAAGCUUAAGGUAUUCAAGCUUUCUUCAAUAUCCAACUCACUCCAAGUGGUGUCAGAAGGUUCAUGGAAGCUAGAAUUUCAGUUACAUGUUAUUGCACUAAGGUCUUGCAACUUGGGUAAGCUUCCUCAUUUUCUCCUACACCAGAAGGAGUUACGUCUGGUUGAUCUCUCUGACAACAGACUUCAUGGACUAUUCCCUUCUUGGCUAAUGGAGAACAAUACAAACCUCGAAGUUUUGCUUCUACAGAAUAACUCAUUUACGAACUUUCAGCUACCCAGAUCUGCUCAUAGUCUCCUCUUGCUGGAUGCGUCAGCUAAUGAGUUUAGUCAACUCUUUCCCGAUAAUAUUGGGUGGAUACUUCCUAACCUACGGCACCUUAACUUGUCAAAGAAUAGUUUACAAGGGAAUCUGCCAUCUUCUCUAGGUAACAUGAGAAAGAUGUACUUCUUAGAUCUCUCUCACAAUGAUCUCUACGGAAAGUUACCAAGGAGUUUAACUAUGGGUUGUUAUUCUUUGAUGUUUCUUAAGCUUUCUGACAACAAACUUAGCGGCAACGUUUUUCCAGAGCCAACAAAUUUGACUUCCUUGCAGGUAUUGUCUUUGGAUAAUAACCAGUUUUCAGGGAGGAUUGGAGAUGGUUUGCUGAACUCGAGUUCCAUGUCUAUUCUUGACUUGUCGAAUAACUAUCUCACUGGUGUUAUUCCUAGUUGGAUUGGCAACUUGUAUGGCCUGAACACACUCCUGAUUUCAAACAAUCACCUAGAAGGUCAAAUACCUGUUUCUUUGAUUGACAUAUCCUAUCUUGUGUUGUUGGACCUCUCUGCAAACAGAUUAUCUGGUGACCUACCUCACCGCUUCAGCUCUGAUACAAGAAUGCUGUUCCUGCAGGAUAAUAAUUUCUCAGGGACUAUCCCAGACACAGUACUGGGAAAUGCCUCCAUACUUGAUCUAAGAAACAACAGAUUGUCCGGGAAUAUCCCAGAGUUCGUCAGCAACCAAAAGAUCUAUAUUCUUCUUUUGCGGGGGAAUAACUUAACAGGCUCUAUUCCUUCCCAGAUGUGUGGCUUAACCAACAUCCAACUUCUGGACCUUUCUGACAACAGGCUGAAUGGAUCUAUACCCUCAUGUUUUAGCAAUAUAUCAUUUAGUUUCCCUACGCUACAACACGAUGGGCAAGAGGGUUAUGAUAAUGCUGGAUUGAUCUUCGUGUCUAGUGAUAUCUUUGGUGGCAUGGGUCUAGAUGAGGACUUCUUCUCCACGGAAGAUUUAGGCAAGUAUUAUAGAUCUAUGCUUAUGUUAGAUCCUUUUACUAUAGACUACAUGGCAGACAGUGUGAUCGAAGUUCAGUUUGCAGCAAAGCUAAGAUAUGAUUCCUACAUAGGUUUAACUCUUGGAUUUAUGUUUGGACUGGAUCUCUCUCUGAAUGAGCUGAGUGGUGAGAUCCCAGCAGAGCUUGGAGAUCUUGUUGAUAUACGAGCACUGAAUCUUUCUCACAAUCAUUUAUCUGGUGUCCUCCCACAAAGUUUCUCCAAUAUGGAGGAUUUAGAAAGCCUUGAUCUUUCCUUCAACAUCUUACAUGGCCAAAUCCCGAGCCAGCUUACAAAGCUAAGCAGUCUUGCUGUGUUUAAUGUCUCUUAUAACAACUUAUCAGGUAUCAUUCCACAGGAAGGGCAGUUGAGUACCUUUGAUGAAACCAGCUACUUUGGUAAUCCUCUUCUCUGUGGACAACCCUCCAACAGAAGUUGUAAUAAUGACACACUGAAAGAAACGCAUGCGGAUGUUGGAGAAGAGGAAGAAGAUGUGAUUGACAUUGUAUCUUUCUAUUGGAGCAUUAUUGCAGCCUAUGUGACAAUACUGCUAGGGAUACUUGCUUCACUCUCUUUUGAUUCUUCGUGGAGCCGAACAUGGUUUUCUGUUGUUGAUGCUUUCAUCCAUAAAGUGAAAAGUCUGAUAUCAUAGACUUUUAGUCAGGUACUAAACCAUGUCAAUGUUUCUUCUCUUUUCUUUUUCUCUUAUAAUAAGAUGUGAUGUGAAAUGUUCUUUGGCUUGUAAGUUGUAACUCAUGUAUUGUAGCUCCUCAUGAGAGCAUUACUUGUAUUCUGUUCCUGUGUUAUACUUGCUGUCUGUUUCUGAGUUUUGAA